GCCAGUGCUGUUCCCACUGCUAGAUGAUGUUCCAACAGCAGGGCCCUCUAAAAAGCCAGGUCCAGGAAAGCCAUCAGGCCAACAGGCAGCUCUUCCAGUGCCAGGAGUGUGGGAAGCAGUACAACACUCAGCUGGGUUACAGACGCCACUUGGUGUCAGCCCACAGCUCUGCAGCAGUACUGCCCUCUCCGGAGGGGGCGCCAUCUCUCCUGGAGCACUUGGGCAGCCACAAUGACAGGCCUCCUCCCCCAGAAGGUAAUGCAAAUGUUUCUGUGCCUGUGCGUGAAAGGAAGUACUCAUGCGAGCGCUGUGACCGGCGUUUCUACACCCGCAAGGAUGUGCGGCGUCAUGCAGUGGUGCACACAGGUCGUCGCGACUUCCUGUGCCCACGCUGUGCGCAGCGUUUUGGCCGCAGAGACCAUCUGACACGCCACCUGAAGAAGAGCCAUGCCCAGGAAGCAGGGCUGACGCCAAACAGCAUGACCAGCACGGCUGUGGCCAACCUGACUCCCGCCACCCCAUGUCCAGUGAAGGAGGAGCCCAGCCCAGUGAGCUGUGACACAGGCUCAACACUCAAAGAGCCUUCAGAGACCUUCUCCAUGGACAUGUACAAUUCCUACAACAUGGCCAAUUCUGUUCCAGGAAUGGGCCACCAUCAUGGCUUUAUGCAGGGCUCAUUGUCAUCAGGCAUGGCUGUGGGCCGCCACAUGCCUUCUCCUUCCCCCCACCCCCAUCACCUGCAGCCACCACCACAACAACAGCAGCACCUCCAUGGGCAGCAACAGCAUCCUUACAACAACAUGCCCAGAUACCAACAUGGAUCUACCUCAUAUACCCGCACUGAUGUGGAGAGUUUCCUUCUAGACCUGCAGAGUGGCCUUCCACCCCACCCCAGUGCAGCCCCUUCCUCUUCCUCAUCUGCUGCAUCCCCUCAGAGGGAUGCUUUGCCUGAAGUUCAAGGUGUGACAGAGAUGGGGGCUGGCGACACCAACCUACUCUCUAGGAGCCCUUCUCUUUCCUCAGCUGAGCUGUCCUGUGCCACUAACAUGGACCUGGGUCCUCUGCUUGGCUUCCUCCCUUUCAGCCUACCCCCCUAUAGCACUCACAUGGGGAUGGGAGGGUUAGUGAUGGGAUAUCCAUCUACCUCCACCUCAACUGUCUCCUCCCCAUCCUCUUCCACUGGUCUGUCCUUCCAGGCUCCAGGUCCUUUCACCCUCCUUCAGCCUCCCCAGCCUCAGGUACCCCAGGGCCCUGGAGCCCAUAACCACAGCCAGCUACCUCAGGGGUACAGUAGUUCCGCUAUGAACACUUCCACUUCCCUACCUCGCUACUACCAGACCUUUCAGCAAUAAGUUGCUUGAUCCCUGGCACUUGAAAAUGAUUACAAUAGAAACCUAGUGUGGCACAGGAGGAGCAUAAAUCAUUGACAGCCGCAGGCUUCAGAUACGGUCAUCUGAUGUGUCUAAAAGAGGGAAAAUUGGAAUGGUGUGUUCUAUUUUGAAACAAAAAACAUGCUAAUUUAGCCUUUUGGUGUUAGUCUUUAGUUUUUAGCUAAAC